AUGUUAUUUCAUUUAUUUUCAGCUUUGAUAACCACAGCUGUCGUGCUCUUAUUUAUCUUGUUACUUAUAUAUACGAUAUGCCUUGUUUUGUUCGUUUUAUCCCCCACGUUUCAAAGCUACCUUGUAUUUCUUCAUUGGCUCAAUUACCCAAGUAGUGACCAAUUGGACCAACCCGAAUGUUUCGGUCUUCAGGCAUUUUCGACGCGUCAUAUUUGGGUUAGAACUCGUGAUAAUGUAAAGCUUGGCGGUUGGCAUAUACUUUCGAGACAAAGUAUAAAAAAACUUAUAUCAUCAUUUCACGCAUUCGAGAUAGAGAAAGAUGAUCAAUCUGAAACAUUAUUUGAACAGAAUUUGAAGUCUUCGGAAUUGAUCAUCCUAUAUUUCCAUGGUCAAUUAGGAAACCGUGGUAAAGAAAAUAGGGUUUUAACUUAUAAGUCGCUUCAAAUCGCACUUCCAACCGCGGAUGUUGUGACAAUUGAUUAUCGAGGGUUUGGUGAUUCUGAGGGCUUUCCAACCGAAGAUUGUCUUCUUAUUGAUGCGAGAGCAGCUUGGGAUUGGAUUUUAGAACGUGCCCCUGCCAAAAAGAUUAUUAUAUAUGGACAUUCGUUGGGUACUGGGGUUGCGAUCAGAUUGGCUCGCCAACUUAGUGAUGAAGGAAAUACGCCACUUGCAAUUAUUCUCGAAUCUCCAUUCACAUGUAUCCCUGAGUUGAUCGCUUCUUUUCGAAGAUUACCUUUUUUAAGACCCUUCACUAAAUGGCCGGCUGUUAUAGAUUAUUUUAAGGAGAAAAUGGAACAUCGAUUUAACAAUAUGGAACAUAUGAAGCAUCUAAAUGAUAUACCAAUAUUAAUAAUUCACUCUCAUAAAGAUGAUGAUAUACCUUUAUCUCAUUCCGUCACAUUAUUUCAAGAGAUUAUAGAUUCAAGACAAAUUAAACAUCGAAAAAUUGAACCAACAUUUAUGAAAUUUGUAAGAGAAGGUACAUUGUAUACGCAACAUGAUGUUAAAAUAUGGUAUUUGCAAUCAUUACAUGCUGCACAUAAUAAUGCACAUGGAUGGGAAUUUGUAGGAGACAAAUUACGCGAAUUUUUAGAAGAAUUCAGUGAUUAUAAAGUAAAGGAAAUAAAAAAUGUUUCUUCUAAUAUUAGUAUAAAAUCAAAUUUGUCAUCUGACACUAGUAGUAAUAAGAGUAAAAAUCUUUGA